GAAGCCGCCACCACUGAGGGGCAGCGAAGGUGAAAGAGCUCGAGCCCCUUUUUUCCCCUGCAUGGAGGUGGCCCCAUGGCUUUUCUCCGGCGGCUUUUUGGCUUUUCGGAGAAGAAGAAGCCACCCAGGCAGUACCAGCACCUCCGGCGGGACGUGGACCCCGAGGAGGCCUGGCUGGUGCUGGGAGAACUGGGCGAUGGCGCCUUUGGCAAGGUCUUUAAGGCACAGAACAAGGUGACGGGGGCGUUGGCGGCCGCCAAGGUGAUCGAGACCCCGAGCGAGGAGGAGCUGGAGGACUACGUGGUGGAGAUCGAGAUCUUGGCUUGCUGCGACCACCCCAACAUCACCAAGCUGCUGGACGCGCUCUACUGGAACGGGCGGCUCUGGAUCCUGGUGGAGUUUUGUCCCGGAGGGGCCGUGGAUGCAGCGAUUUUGGAGCUGGAGAAAGGGCUGACGGAGGAGCAGAUCCGGGCGGCCUGCAAGCAGCUGCUCCUGGCGCUGCAGUACCUGCACGGCUGCAAGAUCAUCCACAGGGAUGUGAAGGCUGGAAACGUCCUCCUCACCCUCGACGGGGACGUCAAGCUGGCUGAUUUUGGUGUCUCGGCCAAAAACUCCAGCACCGUCCAGCGCCGAGUGUCCUUCAUCGGCACCCCGUACUGGAUGGCCCCGGAGGUGGUGCAGUGUGAGACGUCCAAGGAGAACCCCUACAGCUACAAGGCUGACAUCUGGUCACUGGGCAUCACGCUGAUUGAGAUGGCUGAGAUGGAGCCCCCCUACCAUGAGCUGAACCCCCUCCGGGUGCUGCUGAAGAUCGCCAAGUCCCAGCCGCCCACCUUGCGUCACCCCAAGAAGUGGUCUGAAGAUUUCAAGGACUUCCUGAGGAAAUCCUUGGAGAAGAGCCCUGAGGCGCGGUGGUCGGCCAGCCAGCUCCUGCAGGUUGCGCUCAGCCCCUUCCUGCCCGCCGAGGAGGAGGAGGAGGAGGAGGAAGAAGAAGAAGAAGCCGCCACCGCUGAGGGGCAGCGAAGGUGA